AUGGGUAUUGACAUCGAUAAACAUCACGUAAGGAAUAAGAACCGGACCGCUCCCAAAAGUGAGGAUGUAUACCUCCGAUUGUUGGUGAAGCUCUAUCGCUUCCUAGCUCGAAGAACGGAUUCAAAAUUUAACAAAGUAGUUUUGAAACGCCUUUUCAUGUCACGAAUCAAUCGUCCACCAAUUUCCCUUUCUCGAGUAUUAAAAAAUAUUGCAAAUAAGGAAAAUAAAAUUGUGGUGGUGGUGGGAACCAUUACUGAUGAUAAUAGAGUAUUAGAUAUUCCUAAAAUUUGCGUUGCAGCACUUAGAAUUACUAAAACAGCUAAAGCAAGAAUCUUAAAAUCGGGUGGAGAAGUGUUGACACUUGAUCAAUUGGCAUUACGUUCCCCUACCGGUUCUAAUACAAUUUUGUUGAGAGGUCCUAAAAAUGCUCGAGAAGCUGUUAGACAUUUCGGAAUGGGUCCUCAUAAACAUGCUAAACCAUACAUUCGAUCUAAGGGUAGAAAAUUCGAGAAAGCUCGUGGUCGCCGAGCAUCUCGUGGAUUUAAGAAAGAUAAUUCAUCAAGUUCAUUGAUAUUCAGUAAUCCUUCCUAA